AUGUCGUCCAGCGGCGCAAGUAACCAAGAGCAGCAUCUGCGUGCCCAGCUUGAGCUCUUGCAGAACCACGAGGCCGAGCAGUCCCCCAGGUCACCCAGCUCCGGCACCCACGACUCGCGCGACGCAUCCGCGCGACCGUCAAACGGCUACGACGACUUGCACUUUGCCAGCGUCCAGGACACGGCCGCCCGCGCCCUCGCCACCAACAAGAGCGACGCGGACGCGCACAUUCACCCCGACCUGCGCGCUGCCCAUGAGCAGCAGCAGCAGCAGCACUCACCAACGAGCACCAUGAUGCAGCUCGCCCACCAAGACCACCACAACCACAGCCCCGUGUCGGCUGGCGCCCAUCAGCAAGGUGUCGCGCUGGCGCCUGCCGACCCCGACGAGGCCAUGGAUCUUGAUCCUGCCGAUGGCCGCAAGACUAACAAGCGCGAGCUGUCCCAGUCGAAGCGUGCGGCGCAAAACAGAGCUGCUCAGCGUGCGUUCCGCCAGCGCAAAGAGGGCUAUAUCAAGAAGCUGGAGCAGCAGGUCCGCGAUUACACGGACAUGGAAAUGACAAUCAAGCAGUACCAGUCGGAAAACUACGCGCUGCGCGAGUAUAUCAUCCAGCUGCAGUCGCGCAUGCUCGAGACGGUAGGCGAAUUCCCGCCCCCGCCCCCCAACGUCAACCUCGCCCACUCCCAUUCGGCGGCGGCGGGAGCGGCCGCGCCGACGUCGGCGGCCCCCGAGACUCAAACGGAGAGCACCACCACCGGCACGCCACUCGAGGCCGUCGCCCAGGCCGUCGCCGGCCUCGCCGCCCACGAGCAGCUGUCGUCGGAGCAGCAGCGCCCGCAGUACACGGCCGGCACCUUCAAGGCCAGUGCCCAUCACGAGGACACGCGGACGGCUGACGAGAUUAACCGUCACCUCACUGCGGAGGAGGGAACCACGGCGUAG